UGGAGAGAAUUACCAUGCGCUUUUUGUUACCACCUUCUCUGAUGAUUUAUUUUGUUGACAAAUUUAUGAAAGUUCCAUCAGCCAUGGUUUGAGGUGCAAAGAAAUGGAGAGAAGGAGUCCUUCAUCCCAGGGCCUUAACAAUGCCAACUCGGGUUUCACUGUGGACUCGCGCUUCGUGGAUCUUAAACCGCUGGGGUUUGGAGGGAGUGGGGUGGUCUUCUCAGCAACUGACAGUGACUGCGACAAAGCUGUGGCCAUCAAAAAACUUGCCUUCCAUGACAAAAAAAGCUGCAAAUAUGCAUUACGUGAGAUCAAGAUAAUGAGGCGACUCAAGCAUGAGAAUGUUGUGACGGUGUACGAGAUCCUGGGACCAAAUGGGCACCAGCUGUCUGGUCACUCUAACAACAUCCCACUGAACGAACUGACGUCACUGUACUUAGUUCAGGAGCUACUGGACACUGACCUUCAGCAACUGAUUCAGUGUCAGGUGCUAACGGAGGAACACGUCCGCCUCUUCCUGUAUCAGCUCAUCAGGGGACUUAAGUACAUCCACUCUGCUAACGUCGUCCAUCGCGAUCUCAAACCCUCCAAUCUCCUCAUUAACAUCGAGGAUCUCACGCUGAAGAUCGGGGACUUUGGACUCGCCAGAAUCGUGGACAUGGAAUACUCACACAAGGGUUAUUUGACAGAUGGUGUGGGGACUUGUUGGUACCGUUCCCCGGAGCUGAUUAUCUCCCCUCGAGACUACACCAAGGCUAUAGAUAUGUGGAGCGUCGGCUGUAUUUUUGCUGAGAUGCUGACGGGAAAAUCACUUUUUGCGGGAGGAAAUGAAAUGGACCAGAUCGGGAAAAUCUUGGACGUGACUCACCUGAGUGACAAUGAAUGGAAUACCUUGACUCAAGUGUUACCAAUCAGUGUCCUUAGAAGUAGGUCAAGGCCACCCAAGACAGCACUGAAGUCAAAGUUCAAGGAACUGACAGAAGAUGCCCUGGAUCUGCUGGAGAACCUGCUCCUGUUCAGUCCAGACGCCCGGAUCUCCGCGGAGGACGCCCUGGAUCAUGUGUACCUGUCUGAGUACAGGUGUCCUGAGGAUGAACCCAGUGUACUCAGGUCAUUCCACGUGGAGAACGAGGUGGACGAACUAUCACCUAAAACCUUGAGACGGAUGCUCGGGAGUGAGGUAUCAGAACCCAUCAUUCCUUGUGGUCAAACCUGUGAUAAUAACAAAAUUACAGAUUCCAUCGCAACAAACCGAGUCGCUGCCAAAAAUCUGGAGAACGUAUCCAGAUCUUCAUCAUCAGAGAGUUUGUCAGACAUUGUAGAUAACAAAUACAGCGACAUCACUCAGCUCCUACAAAUAUCGGAGAAACUUAAUCUUCUGGAAAAUUCUUCCCAUUCACAGAAGGAGCUUUCUCUCCAGGUAAUUGUGAACCUUCCUGACGAGGAAAAUAAAAAAGAGCAGCUAUCUCCCAAAGAGGAGAAAAACGGGCAUCAUCCUGUUACUAAAAAUAGCCCCCACUUGACGUCUCUGCAACCAAGAGAUGAUGGGAAACCAUCUGAGAGCAGUAUUAGCCUGCUACCUAUAAAGCAGCCCAACUCUCAUAUCGCAGUGAAAAAGGACCUUCCAAAAUUCCAGAUCUUUGAGUCAAAGGACAACGAUUCCCAUGUAGAUAGAUAUACUUCAUCAAACUUUUACUGUGAAAAUGCAUCAAACUAUUUGAAUGCAGAUUUGUCAAGAGAUGAAAAAGCAGAUGAAGUGCAGCAAAAAAUAUCCAAAAAUCUAGUAUCUAAAAAGAAAUCAGCCAAUCAAAGACAGAAAGACCGACUUAAUGAGGAGAGGCGUGCUGAAUCACCACGCGAAAUCCUUCAAAAAGUUGAGAAAAAUCGACCGAGAGCUGACACAGAUAAGUACACAGAUGGUAAAUCCAAGACCAGGCACAAACCCAAGGGAGAGAGCUGGAAAGAAGAGAAAAUGAAGAGAAAUAAGAUUGAUAAAAAUCGUGAGAGUUCCGAAAGGUCGCAGGAUUUUGAUUCCAUGUAUAGGUUGCCAACAGAACAUUUAUUACAUCGGCGAGCUCGGCGGAAUGACGAUCGGUUAUCUAAUCGCGUGGAGUCGCAGCUGAGAAUACACGAACAGAGAAACUCGCAGCUGAAGCUCGCGGAACUAGAGAAGGACAGGUGUAUAGGAGCGAUGGGGGGGUGUCACCCCUCGUCCCCGGGGUCAGGGGACUCUCAGGAAGACAUCCCCGCCCUGAUGGGGGAACACCGAAGUAGGAGCAGCAGUGGCAGCUCGGAAACCGACUCCAACUUCAUCACCGAUUUCCCGCGAAGAUCCGAACACUGAAAUAUUAACUUCAUAUCAUGAAAAUUAUAUGCAUUGAUAGUAUUUAAUUAAUUCAUUAUGCAGCAGAACAAUAUGACAAGGUUGAUUGUGCCAUUUAACAGACAUAGUUAAAACAGAAGCACUAAAAGAAAUACUAUAACAGCAAUUGUUAAUUGCCUUUUAACUGCAUUUUCAUUUUAUUUAAUGAUAUAUCAUAAUGAUAUAAGGUUUGUGUGCAUUUGUGUAUGAUAUUAAAGUAAAUUAACAAUAAUAUUA